GGCGGUGCCGGGCGGCCGCCGGGUUUCCUGCUGACGCCGGAGAGCCGCGGAUGGGCAGGAAAGGCCGCCACCGCCGCCUCUGCUCCAGCCCGCUGGCUCCCGCCUCGGCCCCGCUCGCCCCGCCGGCAGGAGCGCGGAGCGGGCCGCGCUGAAAGCCCGCCAGGAGAAGCGGGGCGGAGAGGGCGCAGGUGCGGGGCAGGCCCGGGCCGCCGUGCUGAGGGGAGCGGACAUGGCAGCCCCCGCUUCUUGAAUGCUGUCAGCCGCCCCCCUGCCGCCGAUGGCUGAAGCCUGGAGGCUGGAGGAGGACGAGGAGGAGCUGCGGGAGCUCGGCCGGAGGCACCGGAGGGUCGCCCUGAGUUCGGCGGCAGAUCGCUCUGAAAGAAAUAAACCAGACUGCCGCUCUUCAGGCCAAGGACCCUUGUCAUCCAUAAGAGCAGCAAUCAAGAGAUCACUCAUGAAUAGUGCACACCAAAAAUGCCCUCUGGAAGAGCUUCUCGGACCUCUAGCCAUAGCGAACAGCAGAGGGAUAGAAGGCGUCCUGAAAUUACAAUAGUUGCUGCUGAACCCCUCCGGCCAUCCUCCUGGUUUCCAGGUGCAAGCCCUGUCACUCCUCAGGGAUUAGGAUUCCCUUCUGCUUCAUCUCAUGCUCAAUGGAGGAGAAAUGAGCAUGUUCCAGCUGAGCUUCCACCAUCAUAUGAGCAGGUGAUAAAAGAAAUUAAUCAAGUGCAAGUCAAUACAACAAAUAACAAUAAUGCUGCUGCUCCUAGACAUACCACUACUUCUGCAACACAAACUGACUUUCCAGAGGAACUAAUCAGCCAUUUGCCAGGAAGUAAUGUAAAAACUAGUGUGCCUACACACUGGGAAUCUGCAGGCUAUCCAGGGCAGAGUCCUCUUAAACCUCCUAGGCCUUCUGCAUCCCUCCUGAAUAGGCCUCCUUCAGAAAAUGACAAUCCCUUAAUAGUCUUUGAAAUUUCUGAAGGUCAGAGGUGCCAAGAAAAUCCCAAUGCUGUGAUAUGUCCUGUGCCAAAGCCAAGAUCAAGAAGCAAUCUCAGACCUGUGGUCAAAAAUACUGAAAGUGAGAAUGACAAUGGAGAGGAAGUGAACCAGUCUACCACAAAAAGGCAGCAACCUCCAGUUCAGCAGUCACCUGUCUUAGAUGACAGUUUAUUAGACAAUCACUUGGUGGUGGACAGCAUGAGCACAGAAAAGAGCCAAAAUAGUAUUGUUUCAAGGAUCAAAGUUUUUGAAUCCCAAGGAACUAAUGAUACCUCAGGAUUAACAAAAAAGCCAGAAAUUGCCCCUCGUUCAUUUGCUCCAAGACCUGUUACUGCAAAGAAGCCAGUAGUUCCUCCAAAGCCAGGGGUAAGCAGAAUUUCAGGAGACUGGGAUGCAUGGACAGAAAGCAAGUCAACACCUUCUAAGGAAUUGCAACCUCAACCUGAAAUGGUUGGGAGCAGUGUUGUAGCCAAACCUGAACUGCCAAAGAAGCCAAAACCUGGCCUCAUUAAAAGUAGUAGUAGUGAUUUUCUUGAUGCAAGGAAUGGAUCAGUUGCAGAGAACAGUGAUGGACAAAAGAAAUUUCCUGUUCCUGCUCCACGGCCUCUCGUUCCUAAAAAGUCAUGUUAUGCAGAAAGUCCUGCCCUUCCUUUGGCGUCACUAAAGCCGAUUGCUGCUCCCCCACGGGCUUCCAUACCUGCCCAAGACAAAGUUGUCAAGUCUCUGGGGGAAUUGUCAUCUGCAGCCAACUCCUCAGCACCUGCUUUGCAAAAUAAACCAGAUGCGGAAGGAGAUUUGAUCAGUUUUGAUGAUGACAUUUUACCCCUAAGUCCAACUUCCAUAGUUAAUGAUAGCAUCAGCUCUGAAGCAGCAGCAGAUCCAUUUCAGUUCCUCACCAAAAGUGAACCUGCAAAGGAACAAACUGUUCAACCAGCUUUAGCCCGGAAACCCACUGUGAUCCGAAUCCCAGCUAAACCCGGGAAGUCUUUAAAUGAAAUCCUGUAUAGCCCUCCACCACUUCCUGCUGAAAAGCCUAUUGGGAACACCUCUGAUAUCACAGUGGGAAAACAGAAUAGUGGUGGCCUAGUAAAAAAAGUGGAGUUGGAUCAUUCAGAACAGGGCGGAGUGCCUCAGCUAGAUCCUCUACUACCCCCAAGGCCUGUGAAUGGAAAAAUUAUACCUGCUCGACCUCCCCCACCAAAAAGUGUUCCUGGAAGGCCACCUCCACCAAAACUCUCUGCAACCAAGACCUCCUCACAGAAGAAUGCUCUUUCACGAUCUACGUCUAACAUCGCUUCUGACAGAAAAACCAGCAAGUUCAGAUUGGGACCCAAGAGAACAAAAAGUUCGGUCUUUAAAAAUUCAGAUCCAGCAUUACCUCCUAGACCUAAACCGGGUCAUCCUCUCUACAAUAAAUACAUGUUACCUGUGCCUCAUGGAGGUGCCAAGGAAGAUUGUCUUCCCAGGAACCCUGGAGAACCGUCCUGUAAGGAUUCAAACCACCCGUCAAAAGUUUCUGACACGAGUGCACCUCAUGCCGUAGUCCUGCAUGAUUUUCCUGCAGAGCAUCCUGAUGACCUGGAACUCCAUUCUGGAAACACUGUUUGUCUUUUGGAGAAAAUCGACACUGAGUGGUACAGAGGAAAAUGUGGGAAUCGCACAGGGAUAUUUCCUGCCAGCUUUGUUAAAGUAGUUGUAUGUAGGCUUUGUAUUCAUUGCUACAUUGAUGUUCCAGAAGGCGGCAACAGGAGAAAAAUACCCUGUUCAUCACAAUGUGUUAAAGGCCCAAGAUGUGUAGCACGAUUUGAAUACAUCGGAGAUCAGCAAGAUGAGCUGAGUUUUUCAGAAGGUGAAACUAUUAUCCUGAAAGAAUAUGUAAAUGAAGAGUGGGCCAAAGGAGAGCUCAGAGGCAUAUCUGGAAUCUUCCCCUUGAACUUUGUGGAAGUAAUUGAAGAUCUGCCUGGAACACGUACAGGAGCAGCACUAAAGAACAAGGCGGAGGUUUCUUCUUCCCUUCCUCAGAACAACAGACGCUCAGUACAGUGGUGCGAAGCGCUUCAUGAUUUCACAGCAGAAACCAAAGAUGAUUUAUCCUUUAAAAAGGGCGACUACAUCCAAAUACUGGAACAAGUAGAUCCAGAGUGGUAUAGAGGAAGACUGAAUGAAAAAGAAGGGAUUUUCCCAGCAGUUUUUGUUCAGAUCUGCUCAGCCAGGGUAGAGCUGUCAAAGUCUGUAGGAGGGAAGAAAGGAAAAGCCAAAGCUCUUUAUGAUUUUCAUGGAGAAAAUGAAGAUGAGCUUUCUUUCAAAGCAGGUGAGAUAAUAACAGAGCUGGAAUCUGUGGACGAGGACUGGAUGAGUGGAGAGAUACAAGGAAAGUCUGGGAUCUUUCCCAAGAACUUUGUUCAGAUUUUAAAAGCACCAUGAGCGUUGCUUCUCCUUGUACUCCCUGCGCAUGGGAGAGAAUGUUUUCUAUCCUAAAGGCACAGCAAAGACAUCAACGUGUUUUGACUAUCGAUGUUUUGCACUACUUUUUCUAGACAGUCAUACGAGUAUCUUGAAGUCAAAUAAGAAAAUUGGAGUCUUUUGUGACAGUGUAUGUAGUCAUGCUUCAUGAAUGCUCUGAGAGCAAAUACAAGCAGGAAUUUUAGUGGUUUCCAACUAGGGAAAUACUGUGGUGCAACACCAUUUUAACUUAAAAUAGCAUUCUAGUACAUUUACUAUCUGGUAUUACAUUUAUCAUGCACAAAGUCUGCAUAAAGCUUCUUUGGGCUUCUUUCAAAUCUUUUUAAAAUUCAAAUUUAAAAAUUGGUUUUUAAGAUCUAAUUACAGAACUCAGUAUGUAGAUCAAGUUUGAUAUUCAGGUUUCAUUACUGCUUGACUUCCACAUUAGCAGUAGAAUCCACUUGUUUCAUGGCUUAAAGGAUAAGGAAGAUAACUGAUACGUCAUAGCAGAAAAAUAUCAAAUUUGAUUUGGGUAAGAGGGGAGACUCAAAGCAAAUCCUUGUGUAACAUUCUUCUGUUAUUAUCCCAAGAUGCUUAUAAGGAAGAUCACAAAAGUAAAACUUGUAAGUAUUUUGCUUCUCAAUGAAUAAUAUUCAAAUUGGUAUGAAUCAUCUUAGACCUCCUUCCCCCAAAAUCCGUUCCAGAAACAGGUUUAGAUUUUCCUGCUGCCCACUGUUCUUCAAGCACCAUCGUGCCCUUCUUUCCCAGCUGCAGCUAGUUGUAACAGACGGCCUUUACUGAGCUUUCCUAAAUCCCCUCCAUGCAGUAGCUGCACUAUUCCAACUAUUUGCCCCUCCACCCCCUUCGUGUAAAGUGGAAAGCCAGUUUUCACUCAGCCUGCAUUUCAUUUGCCACUCAAGCACUGGAACAUACUUCAGUAACACCAUUCCUGUCCUUAACAUGAAGAAUAUAUUAUACAGCCUUGGUUUUAGCUUUCAGCAGACAUGGGAUUAGUUUCCAGUUUGUUACCACAUACCAACUAUACUGAGCGUCAUUAUAAAUGGUCUGUUGAGGCCUUAAGGAAAACAUGCCUGGCAAGAGGUUACUUCAAGCAAAGUCACUUAGUGAAAAGCAGCAGUGUGACUUGAACAACAAACUAAGGGAGACAUGACUGAUGUACCUUCAUGUUAUUACCAGAAGUUCCUAUAAAUUCCUUUUUUGUAACACCUGGCUUCUGACAAAAUAGUGGAACACAUUUUGAUUAACUGCUAACUUCAUCAGACUGGAAUAGAAAAAACUUCCCUGCAAAGGCUCUUGCAUUGCUGACUGUAUUCCAUCACUUUCGUACUAUGUAGCAAAAAGGAAUUGGUAGGCUGUGAGCAUGAGUCCUUACUCCAGAAGAGAUGCAGGUCACUAGGUGUCAGGAUACUCUUACAGGAUUUUCUUGUGGGUCUGGAAGUUCAGGUUGCAAAAGGGCCAAGAGUUGAGUGGUGGAUGGAGACUGGAAACUAGAGGCAUCAUGACUGAUCUUGAGAUGGUUUUGACUUAGUCAUGUGCCUGACUACAGCUUUACCAAUAUGAGGUGUAAUAUCAUGACAAGUAACUGCUGCUGCUGAAGAUCAGGGUGCAUCUAACUUAGUGUCUAAGCAAACUGGUGAGGACAGCCCUCCCCUCUCCGUGCACUGUGCUUUGGUUACCAUCACAGCAGGCACAGCUAAAACUGAACCCAAGGACUCCCCUGCAGCAGGGAACAGGCAUCCAGUGUCAGCAGCAGACUGGAGCUCACCUGAAGCAAGCCCAAGGAACAUGCAGCACAGGCAUGAGGUCCUCAGUGCUGUUUUACUCUGCAGAAUCACAGUUAUGCCACAGUACCUGCAAAUACAGACACAGACCUUAGUACUCCUUUUUUUAUUUCUCUAGAAGCUUCAUGAAUGUGAAAUGUUGUGUAUUUAAACUGCAGCAAUACCAGUCGCACAACUGGGGGAGGCGGAUCACACCAUUUUAAUUAAGCAGAAACUGGAUUUCUGCUUUCAUUAACGGGAUUAACAUAAAAACAAUUAUAAAUCAUCUGCUAUUCUAGAAAGAUGGGAAUAUGACAAUUUAUAUACCUGUUAUUCAGUUUUAACAUCCCCAGCAAGCCUAUCCAGAACUCCUGUGGAAUCAAACUUCAGUGUAGGUCCACCAAGGACAACCCUUCCCCACUCCCCAAGUUUUCCUGCCAGGAGAUUCAAAGGUUCUUGUUGUUUAAUCCAAUAAAACAGCCAUCUCCUCCUAGAGCAAUCCAAGGAAACAGAAAGCUGCCUAGCUUUCCUGGCUCCUGCAAGCCCACUGAAGGGUUUUCAACCACAAGCGUUGGGUAGGUCACCCUACUGAGGACAGGCUUAUUCCACAUGACCUAGGCCAACGCAAUCCCUGACCCUCUAGUGAUCUCCGUGUGGGGAGAACAGUAAAACCAAGCAAAGCCCACCCCGACACGAUACCCAGGUCCUCCCAACACCCACCACAUCCCUGGGGUGGUGGAUGAGGCUGAAGUGUAUGAUGUUUACUUACUGUUUGUCUGGCAGUUUUCUAAGAUUUUGAUACAAGUCUCAAAAGUAGAACUGACUUUUUGUAUUUUUUUUUUUCCCAAUUUCCUCUUCCCCCUUUUUAUAACUGUGUAUUGACCGGUUGUUUUUGUAAUUUCCACUGAAUGUGUAAAGUCAGUGCCUGACCAAGGCCACUGCUUUAUUUGAACCAUCUCCUCCCUGUCACGCAGGGCAGGAAGAGCAGCAAAGCCUUCUCUUCAGAGCGAGGAGUGCCAUCUAAAGGCUGCUUGCAUUACUGCAAGCAGCUACUACAGCCUAGUUCUUUAGACUGAAACAAGUUCGAUGCUCGGCUUUUACAGGGAGGGAUUUUCUUAAUACUUGAUGCCUAAUGUCACCAUGAAGCUGCAUGCCGAUCGUAAUGUAAAAUUCCUAAGGUGUACAGUACAGAAUCUGCAAAAAAGAAGGGAGAAUGAGGUGGAGCACAAAUCCUAUCUGCAAUAUAGUAGCAAAUUUCAGCUGUAGCCUUGAAGUUCUGCUAGACCCCACAUACAUUAGUAUGAUAGUAAGAGCCUCAUUUAUCAAAAACAUUUUCUGUUUGAUCCACCCUCUGGAGAUACCAUCAGGAAGACAUCUGUGUUCUGUGUACAAUUAAGUGUCUUAAAUAAAUCUUUGGUAAGUCCAGUAAGUUUGUUAUAGUACCUCUGUAAAUUAAGAAUGUAUUUAACCAAUAAAAUUUUUAUAAUUAAGUCA